UAAAGUUAUAUAUAUCAUUACUCAACCUUGGUUAGCUGGUUAGCUGUGCAGCCAUCAUUUCUUGAUAGACUACCUGCGACUACAACCGCCAAGUGAAACUUAAAGCUAGGAGCGACAGCUUUGGAAAAUAGUCUUCCAGCAGGUAGCUGCCUCGCAACUCACCAGAUAGAUUAUAUAUAUAUAUAUGCUCAUAGAUUAAGAUGGAAAGAAAGAGUACUGCCUUUUCUGCGGCUAUUCCUGAAUUGAUUGACGAAUAUGAUUAUGCGGAAUGGGCGAUUCGGAUGCGAACCUACUUAAAGGCUCAAGAUCUUUGGAAGGACAUCAUUGACGAUAAUGGAAACCCAAUCCCAGCAUUUCUUCAGCAAGAAAACGAACAUGAAGCUAUUAACGAUUGGAGAAGGAGGAAUUACAUGGCUUUACAUGUGAUCCAGAUUUCAUGCGGCCCAGACGCACUUUCCAAGAUUAGGACCAUUAAUAGUUCAGCCAAUACUGCUUGGCAAAUUUUGAAAAAGAAGUAUCAGCUUGAUAUGGGCAGCGUCAACAAGAGCUAUCUUCUGUAUGCGGACUUAUACAGGGCUGUGCUUCGUGGUAGUUGGCCUGUUGCAGAGGACUUUCUUAAUUCUCAACCUGAUGCAGUAAGGCAGGCAAUCACAUAUAAAGGCGAAACGGCUCUUCACAUUGCUGUUGCUGUUGGACAUGCCCAUAUAGUCCAGGAGUUGGUGGGUCGAAUGUCGAGAGAAGACGUGGGAAUUGCAGAUGGUGACGGUUACACAGCUCUAAUGACGGCUCUUGUGUAUGGAAGAUCAGAUCAACUGGUGCAGUAUUUGUAUCCUCUCACUUCGCUGAAUGAUCUGGUCCUUGCAGAAAAAGGUCGCAAGGGAGCUAUGCUUCUUACCCGUACAAUAUAUACCAGAGAUUUGGAUCUUGCUUUGGAUUUAAUCCGGCGGUAUCCAAGUUUGACACAUGCUCUUGACGACCGCGGCGAGAUCCCCUUCUUAGCAUUGGCUUCUAUGCGGAACGCAUUUCCGAGUGGAAAUCAGCUCGUCUUUUGGAAAAAAUGGAUCUAUUCCCGUAUACGCAUCGACCCAUCGGCUCCUGCCAACGGCAUUGCAACUGAUCCGUUGAACAUUGUGAACAUUGAAAAUGGCCAGCACAAUCAAGUUCCACCAGUCGGAUCAGUGCCAAGGCCAGCAGUGCUGUUUCGCCAGCUAGUUUCAGUAAUUGUCCGCAACUACUUGUUGGUGCCUGCAAAAUCAAUUGUCAGCAAGUUGUUGGGAAUCAAGCAAUUAUAUGACAUGAAGAAGAUCCAUAAGCAAUCCGAAGAACUUCUUUCCUGCAUGUGCAAAGAGAUAUCAGAAUCAUCCCAAACUGGACAACUCAAAAAUAUUGGUGUGGUUUAUGACGCAAUCAGCCGUGCUGUCAAGAAUGGGAUUUCCGAGUUUGUUUUUAAGAUAGUGGAGAUGGAUCCGAGCUUUUUGGGGAAUAGAUAUAGAAAUUCGAGGAACAUACUUAUGCUGGCUGUUCUGUAUCGUCAGUCUAAGAUUUUUAACCAUAUAUAUGGGCUUGAUGAGAAGAAUGCUUUGACAUCUUAUGGAGAUCGCAAUGAUGAUAACAUGUUACAUAUGGCAGGAAUGAUAGAAGAUUCCACUAUGCUUAAUCAAAUAUCUGGUGCAGCUUUACAAAUGCAAAGAGAGUUACAAUGGUUUAAGCAAGUGGCGGGAAUUCUCAAUCCCAAGAUUAUAGAAAGCAUUAAUAGAGAUGGUUUAACUCCCCAAGAAUUAUUUGCAAAGAACCAUGAGAACAUGAUUGAAAAGGGAGAGAAAUGGAUGAAGGACACAGCAUCAUCAUGUACAGUGGUGGGUGCUCUAAUUGUUACUAUUAUGUUCUCUGUAGCUUUUACGGUUCCAGGUGGUAACGACCAAACUACAGGCUUUCCAAUAUUUUUAAAGAAAAGAUUGUUUAUGUUCUUUAUAAUAUUCGAUGCAUUGUCCCUUUCUUCGUCCUCAACUUCAGUCUUGAUGUUCUUGGGAAUUCUCACAUCACGUUACGCUGAAGAAGAUUUUCUAGAGUCUUUGCCUAGAAAGAUGAUUAUAGGUCUUUUAGUCCUUUUCUUCUCUAUUGCAACCAUGAUGAUAGCCUUUUCUAUUGCUCUUUUAAUCAUGGUACGUGACCAAUAUUCAUGGAUGGUUAUUCCUAUCAUUUGUUUGGCAUGUGUCCCAGUCACCAUUUUCAUAUCGAUACAGUCCCGCCUUCUUUUUAAAAUGAUCAAGUCAACCUAUUUCCCUGGCAUCUUUAAUAGGAAGAUAGAGUUGAGAUGAAUCUUGAUUUUAACUAAUCCAUUGUGCAACAUGGUGUUUGCAAUAUAACCUUAAGAUCUCUUUAGUGGUCGGCAACGCAAGAGUUUGCAUUCUUCUAGUUUGAGGCUACAGGGAAGAAGGCUUCAAGUUUGUGCUGCUGAAAAGUGUAGAGAGAUUUAUAACUUUGAUCUUCAUUAUCUCACAAGUUCAAGGGUGGGAGAAAAUUGAAAAAUUUCUCGUUUGGCAGAUAUUUGUGUUUAGUGUGUUUGUAAGAUUUGUAUGUAUUAAGAUUUUACGUUUUAGUGUUCUAUGUUAUCUCUACUGACUACUAGUAUUUUAACUCCAUAUUUCUUCCUA